GCCGGGCAGCCCAGGCCUUGGCGGGCAGGAGGAGCAGCAGCAGGAGGAGGAAGAAGAGAAAAAGGAGGAGGAGGAAGAGAAGGAGGGAAGGCAGCAGGAGGAAGAGAAACAGAAGGAGGAGAAGGAGUUGCUAGAGAAGGAGGGAAAGCAGGAGGAGGAAGAAGAGGAGGAGGAGGAGGACCACUCUCAGGAGUGGCGCCUGGGCAAAGGAGCCUCGGGACUGGCUCUUCCCUCCCUCCCUCCCUCCCUCCCCGGGACGAAGGAUGCUGAGGAGAAGGAAGAGCUGAGCCUCUUCAAUGUGGGGCUUGUUGUUGCCGCCGCCGCCGCCGCCCGCCUUCGGGAGCCAAGGGUCGCUGCCUGCCCUCUGCCUCCCUCUCCUUCCCCAGCUCUAGGCGAAGCUGCUGGAGGAGCUGCUCUGCCUUCGCCAACCGGAGAGAAAUCGCUCGCUCUCUCUGUGUCUCUCUAGCUCCACACCCAGAGCCUCGCUUUCUCUCCUUUGGGCGCCUGGCUCUUCCAGAGGGAGGGAGGGAGGGAGGCCGAGGAGGAGGAGGAACAGGAACAAAAAGACAGCGGCCGAGAGAGCAGGGACGGGGGGAAAGACACCAGAGAGAGCCCUUUUUCGCUGCCCCUCUUCCCUCGAAGCACACACACACACACCAGACACACACACACACCCUCCCCCCCGGCGUCCGCUAUGCUCUGCCUCGCCUUCCGCACUGCAAGCCCCGGGGAUUGCGCGCCUUUUUCGGGGCUCUUUUUCGGGCAAGCCUUGCUUUGGAUUGUAUGGGCCACGGCUGGACAGUGCGGAGCGGAGCAGUACUUCAAUGUGGAGGUGUGGUUACAAAAGUACGGUUAUCUUCCACCAACUGACCCCAGAAUGUCGGUGUUGCGCACUGCAGAAACAAUGAAAUCUGCGAUAGCUGCUAUGCAGCAGUUCUAUGGCAUUAACAUGACAGGAAAAGUGGACAGAAACACAAUUGAUGAUAUCACCUUAAGCUGGAUGAAGAAGCCUCGUUGUGGAGUGCCUGAUCAGAUGAGAGGGAACUCUCGAUUUAACAUUCGUCGAAAGCGGUAUGCAUUAACAGGACAGAAGUGGCAACACAAACAUAUCACUUACAGCAUAAAGAACGUCACUCCAAAAGUAGGAGAUGCAGAAACCCGCAAAGCUAUUCGCCGUGCCUUUGACGUGUGGCAGAAUGUAACCCCUCUGACAUUUGAGGAAGUUCCUUACGUUGAACUGGAGAAUGGCAAGAGGGACGUGGAUAUUACUAUCAUUUUUGCAUCAGGCUUUCAUGGAGAUAGCUCUCCCUUUGAUGGGGAAGGAGGAUUUUUGGCUCAUGCAUACUUUCCAGGGUCAGGAAUUGGGGGAGAUACUCAUUUUGAUUCAGAUGAACCAUGGACGUUGGGAAACCCUAAUCAUGAUGGAAAUGAUUUGUUUCUAGUUGCAGUUCAUGAACUGGGACAUGCACUAGGCUUGGAGCAUUCCAAUGAUCCUACUGCCAUCAUGGCUCCAUUUUACCAGUACAUGGAAACAGACAACUUCAAACUACCUAAUGAUGAUUUACAGGGAAUCCAAAAGAUAUAUGGUCCACCUGACAAAAUCUCACCGCCCACAAAACCUCUGCCAACAGUGCCCCCCCAUCGUUCAGUCCCCCCAGUAGAUCCACGGAAGAAUGACAGGCCUAAACCACCCCGGCCACCCACAGGAGACAAGCCUUCCUAUCCUGGAGCCAAACCCAACAUCUGCGAUGGAAAUUUUAACACACUAGCCAUUCUUCGCCGGGAAAUGUUUGUUUUCAAGGAUCAGUGGUUUUGGCGUGUCAGAAAUAACAGGGUGAUGGAUGGAUACCCCAUGCAGAUUACCUACUUCUGGAGAGGUCUUCCUCCAAGUAUUGAUGCUGUUUAUGAAAACAGUGAUGGGAAUUUUGUAUUCUUUAAAGGUAACAAGUUCUGGGUCUUCAAGGACACCACUCUCCAACCAGGGUAUCCUCAUGAUUUAAUAACAUUGGGGAGCGGAAUUCCACCCCAUGGUAUUGAUUCAGCAAUUUGGUGGGAGGACGUUGGGAAAACAUAUUUCUUCAAAGGAGAUAGGUACUGGAGGUACAGUGAAGAUAUAAGAACUAUGGAUGCUGGUUACCCCAAACCAAUCACAAUUUGGAAAGGUAUCCCAGAAUCACCUCAGGGAGCCUUUGUCCACAAGGAAAAUGGCUUCACAUAUUUUUACAAAGGCAAAGAAUACUGGAAAUUCAACAACCAGAUGCUCAGGGUGGAACCUGGAUAUCCCAGAUCCAUCCUCAAGGAUUUUAUGGGCUGUGAUGGACCAGCAGACCGGGACAAAGACCGACAUAGCCCUCAAGAUGAUGUAGACAUUGUCAUCAAGCUGGACAACACAGCUAGCACUGUGAAAGCCAUAGCCAUUGUCAUUCCCUGCAUUCUGGCCCUGUGCCUCCUCGUUUUGGUUUACACUGUGUUCCAGUUUAAGAGGAAAGGAACACCCCGCCACAUACUGUACUGCAAACGCUCUAUGCAAGAGUGGGUGUGAUGUAGGUUAAUUUUCCAGGAGUUUGUGGUAACUUGAGAUUCAGCAAAAGAGCUGUUAUGCAGUUUCCUACCUAGGAGCAGGCACCUGUCCAUCUCAGCCAAGGCUGAUUUUUAAAACCCAAGGGGCUGCUUGCCUUGCACAUGAGUGAGGGUUCACUCGAGUGGGAAGCUUCCAUUGUACACAGUAUCUGCCGUUCCUCCAGUCCUUCGUCUUUCUUUGCUAUUUGGUUCUAGCCUUUCCUCCGCACGCUCAGUACCCAAUGCAAAACUAUCAGGAUUUUCAUAAAGAGGAAAUGUAACAAGAAAAAUGAGAAGAAUCUCCAGUGUUUCUGUUGGGGAAUUUAAUCCCCCCCCCACCUCUUAAGGCCUGCUCCCCUUUGAAAGAAUUUUGUGUGAGGUUUUUUAAAAAAGAAAAAUGUAAUCAAUUUUUUUUAAGAGAGAAAAGAUUCAGCAACUAUAAAACAACAAUCACAAUGGAACUUUCAGGAAGUUUGAAGACCCAAAACAGCUUUGUCUCCAAAGAGGAUUGCUUUCUGUCAGCUACAGUUAUAGUCCUAUACUCCUACACAUAAUUUUUUGUCAAGUGGGAGACCAGGAUGACACACAGGAACUCAGACUGUUUGGACAGCCAUUUUCCAACAAACAAGGGGCCAAAAUAUCUGCAAUAUAGUAACAGCCUUAAUGAUACAUUCAUUUUGUGUUUUAUACAGCCGUUCUAAGCUAUGUCCUCAAUGUUUUAACACAUUUAUAUUCAUUACUAUAUUCAGAUAGUAUCUUUUUUUAUUGAUUGGUUUAGCUCUUUGUUGGUUUCUUUCCUCCCUCCUCAUCCGCUCCUCCACUCUUCUUUUAUUUUCCCCCUUUGAUCUGUACCAGGCCAAGAGCCCUAGGCUUUCCCUAGGUCUAUCAGGAAAACAUAAUUUAAAACCACAGUAGAAAGCAUCAAGUCCCUAAAAUACAAUGCAGUGAACUAAAGUAACAGUGUUGCAGAGAAAUGUAAUAUUAGUACAGUUUAUGUAUUUGAUGACCCUUUGAAAACUACAGGUUCAUAUUGGUUAUCUGGAUAAGAUUGGAAUGUAUCACUUACAGAGAUUCCAGUUUCUGGAAUUUAUUUCCUGUAAUUCCAAGUAAGGCCCACUGUAAGGGUUGGUGGUCCAUAAACCAUAUCAGAUCCGGAGAGCCUCUCCUUCCUUUCUUCUCAACAUCAUUGCGUUCUGUGCCCUUCUUUGCUUUCAGUGGCUGUAUGCACUCUAGUUCCAGCUAUCUCAGUGUUUAUGGCACUUCAUAGUGCCAUAACUAAAUGGCAGCUGGGACAAGCGUGUCAACAUUCACUAGUAUUAGCAAAUACACAGGGCAGUUGCAGCUCAAAUGGAUAGGUUUGUGAGUUUGUUAACCCACCAUGCAGGUAGAGUAAGAGUGAAGAUCCAGCAUGAUGUGUGCUUUAAGUAUUGGACUAUGACUCUGGAGACCAUGGUUCAAUUCCCGCUUUGGCCAUGAAACCCACUGGGUGACCUUGGG